AUGUUACGUAAAGUUUUAUUAGCGACAGAUGUUACGCUAGCAUGUGUUCAACAUGCACUUUCAACCGAAAAAGAAGAAAUCAUGGGGCUGUUAAUUGGAGAGGUUCAUAAUAAUAGCUCCUUAGUGUCAAUAGUAUCAUCUGUUAUAUUACGUCGCCUGGAUAAAAAACCGGAUCGUGUGGAAAUUUCUGAAGAACAGUUGGUACAAGCGACUCUUAGAGCUGAAGAACUAGCAGCAGAAGUUGGUAGACCACUACGUGUAGUAGGGUGGUACCAUUCACAUCCCCAUAUUACUGUAUGGCCAUCACAUGUUGAUCUUGCUACUCAAUCAAUGUACCAACGAAUGGAUUCCAGCUUUGUUGGCAUUAUAUUUGCGGUGUUUUUAACUGACCAAUCUUCCAAAGCACCUUCGGUACAAAUCACAUGUUUUCAAUCAAUUAAUGAAGGUUCAAGUCAAAGUAGAAGGGAGAUAGAAUUAGAAAUAACAAAUAAUAAUGAUUCUUUGACUGUAAAUAACUUUGAGAUAUUGACACAGUUACCUGCAAUAUUAAAGGAAGAAGAAGAUGAGUCUUACAAUAAUGAGGCUGGUCAGAGUGAAACUGAUGACAUAAUUACUAAGCAACAUAAUGCAGCAGUAAGGACUAUUGCUAUAGGACAUAUUGUAGAAAAGAUAUCCAGACCGAUGCUUGAAGCACUAGUUGCCCGAAAUUCUCUAAAUAGUGUACGCCUAAGAGCGUUAAAAAAACAGCAUCAAGAAUUAAUGUCUAUGUUGGAAAAUAUGUCUUGUAAUGUUUAA